AUGGCCACUUUAAAUCUGAUCACAUCUGAAAAGGAAAAGAAGGUAACCCAUGAGAAGAAAAUCAUUCCUGAAAUUAAAAAGAAAGAAGUGGAAGAGGAACAGAAGGUAACCCGUGAUAAGAGAAUUAUUCCUGACAUUAAAAAGAAAGAGGAAAAGAAGGUAACCGAUGAGAAGAAAGUCAUUCCUGAAAUCAAAAAUAAAGUGGAAGAAGAAAAGACGGUAACCCAUGAGAAGAAGAUUGUUCCCGAGAUUAAAAAGAAAGCUGAAAAGAAGGCAAUCCAUGAGAAGAAAGCCAUUCCUGAAAUUAAAAAGAAAGUGGAAGUGGGGAAAAAUGUAACCCAUGAGAAGAAAAUUAUUCCUGAAACUAAAAAAAAAGUUUCAAAAGUGGAAGAGGAAAAGAAAGUAGCCCAUGAGAAGAAAAUUGUUCCUGAAAUUAAAAAAGAAGGGAAAAAAGAGGUAAAAAAGAAAGCUCUUGAGAAGACAGCUGUCCCUGAUGUUAAAAAAACAGAACCAGUAAGAAAAAAGGCUUCUUCUCCAGCUGAAAAGAAAGAAGUUUCCAAGACACCAGUGCCAGCGAAGCCAGCAGAAGCUAAGCCUGCAGCAGUGAAACAACCAAAGAAGGAAGUACCUGUAAAAGAAGCUGUAACCAUAGAAGCUCAUAAACAAAAAGUGACACCUGAAACUCAUAAGCCAAAAGUAGAAAUUCAUAAAUCAAGAGAAGCUGAACGAGCUAAACAAGAACCUACUACACAUCUGACUAAAAAAGCUGUACAUGACAAGAAAGAAGAUAGACCAUUGAAGGCAGUGGAGCAAGAAAAACCGAAACCUAAAGAAGCAAGGCAUGGAAAAGAAAAAGAAGUGAGACCUCCUGGUACCCAAAAAGAUAAGAAUAAAGAACAUACUAAAGAAAAAGAAGCAAAGCAUCAUGGGGCAUCAAAAGACAAAGAGCCCAUUAAAACAAAAGAAGUGAAGCCUUCUGCUCCUUCAAAACUCAAUGGGACCACUAAGGGAACAGAUGUGAAGUCACCAGUUACUAGUGAGAGAGAUGCAAUAAAAGAAAAAGUGAAGCUUCCAGUUGUUGCCAAAGAAAAAGCAGCAGCCAAACCAAAGGAAGCAAAGCCUCCAGUUGCCCAGAAACAAAAAGCUUCAGAACCAGCAAUAAAAAAAGAAGCAAGCUCAGCUAAAACAGCACCCAAAGUGAUAAAAGAAGCCAAAGAAAUUUCUCAUCCUGUUGCUGGAGCUACAGCACAGAAGCAUCAUGUACAUAAACAUGAAACUGUAAAACAGGAAAAAGCUGUUAUUUCCAAACCAGAGGGAAAAGUCAAACAGAACAAAACAGCUACUGUUGUAAAAGCAGUCAAGCCUAAGACAGCAAAACAAGAUGCUGUUAAACAUGAAAAAGAAAUUCCUCAAGGAAAACCAGAUAUGAAAAAAGCAGUCAAGCCUGUGAAGGAAAAAAAAGGAAAAACAGUGCAGAAGACACAUAUGAAAGAGGAAAAGGGCAAAGUUCCAGCAGUAAAAGAAACCCAUAAACAUCACAAUGUGACAUCAGACAAGAUUUCAAAAGCUGCAAAGUCAAAAGCUUCUGUCCGCUACUAUCAGUGUGUCUUUCUAAAUGGAUACAAUGAAUAUACAUCACAAUAUCCUGUUACUCCAGCUCAAGACUCCAAAGGGAAAGGCAGACAGUCAAAAACAAGAACACUGAAACAAUAGAGGCACACAUCCUGUGACGUUUCGACAGUUUUGCACUUUAUGCCUUCUAUGGAGGGCCAUAUGAAAUCCAUUGUCACGUGUGAUCAUGGAAAUAUGAUCCAGCAGGUCACGUGGACUUGGAGAUGUUUUCUGUUCUUGAUCAGGGCAGAAGCAGUAAAAGAGGGGCAGAUGUAUGAGCAUUUGAGGGCGUAUCCAAGUACCCCUUUCCUAGAGGAAAGGCCACGGUGCUGAAAUAGUACUUGACAGAAAUUAAUAUUUGUGUGCAUACGCUUGCAUUUAUGUAUGGUUCUUUCUUCUUAUGGCGUUUCUGGUUUGUCUUCUCAAGCCUUGUGGUAACAAAAGAAUUCUCCAUGUAAUUGUCUUUGGGACAAAUGACCCACUUGAAACAAGAAUCAGAAAGAAUCAUUUGUGCCACUGUUUGCAAUCUGUUAGGAUUCCGCUAAAUCAUGGAUUUGUACUAGAGUAUUUCACUGUGUCACAUACCUGUUUUAGGGAUAUUUGUUUAAUUUAUUUAAAAAUUCAGUAAAGAAUUUAGUAUACAACAUCACAAUGAUUAUCUUGAAGGCAAAAUAAGUCUUCAUUUUUUUUAGUUUCCCAAAACAAAGUGAGGGAUAUCAGGAUCUGAAGCUAAUGGUAGAAUGGGUAAAGAAACAGAAUGAAGCAUAAAAUUUAGAGAGACUAAGGAGGAGACUCAGUGUUUAAGAUCAUCCAUAAGAGUUUUUGCCAAACUGUUGCCAGCUAUAUUCAGUACUAGUGUGCCACGUGUUAAAUGGGUAGAGCUAGAUAACUACUGGUGCUGGAGAAGCCAAUGUGGAACUAUAUCACUGUUAGUAAAACAGAAAUACAUAAAUACAUAUUCUGGUUUAAAUGUCUCAUUGACACAGUAUUGGUCCAAUAAGACAAAACGUACAUUUGGUCGAUUUUGUUAGACAAAACUGAAUCUCUUUCAAAGCUUUUUAGCCAUACAUCUUUCCCAACAUUAUACUUAAUUGUUUUUACACUAGGUGCUCACACAUAACUCCUAAAUCAUGUUUUAUUUGAAAGAGAGUAGUGAUCUGAUUUCUCAGCAUCAAUAACAAAACCACAGAUGUGUAAUACUGCAUUUCAGCUGUCUGUAAAAAUCAAUGUUGUGAUACUGUGUCAUUGCAAAGUAUGUGUUUAAUAUUAUAUUUAUGCAUUUAAUCUAUGAUGUUUUAUACUUGUAUUUACCAUGUCAAACCUCAUGAAUUAUCAUAGGAUAAUUCUUUAAAUAGACCAUCUUAUAUGAAAUGGAAUUUAUUUUGACAAGAUGGCACAAGGUUUCAGAUACUCUAGAGGCUCUAGCCUUUCACUACUGAGUAUGAACCUCUUUUGUUCAUCUCAAGGUCGAGCAAAGAGUGAGGAACUUAUUGCUAUUCAAUUUUUUUGGCAUCUGUUUUGUGAGGAAGGGGUAAAGUCCACUAUGUGUUGGACUGGUACCUAAAUCACAAAGAGACAGUCUUGGUGAGAGAUAGAACAGAACUAUGCGGGUAGCUUAUCCUGGUGAGAAGAAUAACUCUAUGGGAGUAACAUACUUUUCCAUGGAUAAGCAAAUAAUUAUGUGUGUGUCAAUAUGACAACGUUCACAAAAAUGAUAUUUUAAAACGAACAACUACAGCACUAUUUCAGUGCCUUAGCAAAAUGGACUUCUGGUAUGUCUCAGCAUGAGCUGAGUGCCAUAAGAGGUGAUUGACCUAUAUUUUUGCUAUCCUAUCAUUCAUUCAAAAUGAAAGAAUUCAGACUUUCUGAACAUAAUACCUCAUGAGAGACAUGAAGACUUUUAACUGUGCCUGGUUAUGUGGUGAGACUGCAGAGUUGGCAUGACUUAUUUUUGUCACCAGUCCACCCAGAUCAGGAAUGAACUGAGAAACUAGGGCUUUAGAGGUUUCAGAGCCAGCUAUAGUUCUGGCCUGUUGUAUGGGAAUGACAUAUACCUCCAAACCUUACUGUAAACAGAAACCUUAAGGUUCUGUCAUUUUUUCUUAUAUUAUGACAUGUCUAAUAAUUGUCAUGCUUAAUAAAAUACAGUUGACUCUGCUUUCCAAUGAUCUCCCCAUUUCAAAUAUAGCUUUGUUUAAGCCCAAUAGCAGAAGACUUCCUUUGCAUUUGAGUUGAAUACUGCUUACUAUUGGGUAGCUUUAUUUAUUUUUGAGCUUUUUAAAAUGUAGGUUUAGUGACGCAUGCCCCUCCCAAAUGCUGUUUAACUGAAGCAAGUACAAUAACUUAUUCGGGGUUCCAUUAUCCACCUUUUUGCUCCUGGUGUCAGUAUGGAACAGAGGAAACAAACAGUUGAUUUCAGUCACAGUGUAAAUCAAACAUCCACCACUGAUCUGAAAAUGAGUAAUUUUUUAGAUUUGCAGACAGGGGGAGUGUUCCAUCCUUCCACAAAUUCAGUUAUUCUGAAACCUUGAUAAGCCAUUACUUGAAGUGCAUGCUUUAAAUAACCCUGACUCUUAAGGAUGAAUAUAUUAAACUUCUAGAGAUUGUGCAAAGAAAAUUGUGCUAAGUGUCUGAUAGUGAUGUAGUAAAUUUUAUAUCUGUUUUGGAAUUUGAAGAAGAAAUUUAUUUGUAAAAAUUGUUGUUCUUUUAUUUAUGUUUCUGAGAAAAUGUCUUCUCCAUCCACAAUACAGAAACAGAGAGGAAUGGUAUUUUUACUAUUACUUAGAAGCAAUCACUGACUAAUACUGUUCUGUAUGGGCCAUGUUUAACCUGUAGGCUGUCACAGCUUCCCUUAUAAUUCUAAGCCAAAUCUAUUUUUCCAAGUUUUCAUUCCUGGAUUAUGCUUUGAUGUGAAGAGAAAGACUACAAGCAAAAUUCUAAGGACUAUAAAAGAACAACCUUCAGCACAAAAAUACUGGUUCCAAAUGUUUUAAUGACUGGCUCUUCUAAUAGAACUAUAAAGUUCUAUCAGUACAUGGGGACUGGAAGAGCAAAGCUUUCCUGUACAUCCAAAAAGAAGACCAAGAAAGAAUCAAUAUUAAGUAAGCAAUCCAGAUUGCUCAGGUCACUCUCUUGACCCUGGAGUAGUCAAGAACGGCUACUGAUGGCAAUGGUUUUUGUAGGUUUUAGCCUGAAAUAUAGGUCAGUUUUAGCCUGAAAUAUAGGUCAUUUGUUUCUGUCUAAUUGCAAGGAUUGUGAUUUAACAUAAUUUCUGUGUUUGUUCCCCAUCCCCUCAGCCAAUAAGUCUGAAGUCCCAAGAAACCGGCAGGAAGUGGGUAGGAGUGCAGUUUCUAAGACAAAUUUUGUGUUUGGCAAUAUUAAGCAUUAAACCAACAUGUACAACUAGUUUCCUAAGUCACCCACUGUCUGAGAUGUUGGGCUGGAUUCAGACUAGAAUGGCCAUUACCAUUGAUUCUCCCUUCCUACUGCAAACCCUCCCCCCAUGUCAUGGCCCCCAGGGUCCCCUAUCCAGCAGGAGCAGCAUUUUGGGAAGAUGGGUGGGCUGCAAUGGGAUGGGGAGGCAGAGGAGUUCUACUGUGCCAUUGGAAAAAUUAGCCUGGCUCCAACCUGUUGUGUGGCCCUCCACAUGCCUAAACAUCAGUAUUGAGGUACAAACAUAGAAGUAGGCAUAGUAGUUCAUAAUU